AUGGAGGCCAGUGGCAGUGACUGGCCUGGUGAACACUUGGCCUCUUGCUGUCUGGGGAACAUCAGCACAGAGAACUCCAGCGUAGGUCCGAUAUAUGAAGUGGUGAUGCAGUCUGUAAAUGGCACGGCACAACGCAGCCCGCAGUUCGUAGGGGUGGAGUUGUUGCAGUCUUUCAAACCCCUCAUCAUCCCCUGCUAUGCACUGGUAGUGCUGGUGGGUGUCUUUGGGAACUAUUUACUGCUCUAUGUCAUCUGCCAGACCAGGAAGAUGCACAACGUGACAAACUUUUUUAUCGGGAACUUGGCAUUUUCAGACUUGCUGAUGUGCGCCACCUGUGUGCCCUUUACCCUGGCUUAUGCUUUCAACCCCCGAGGAUGGGUGUUUGGGAGGUUCAUGUGUUAUCUGGUAUUUCUUAUUCAGCCUGUGACUGUGUAUGUGUCUGUGUUCACGCUGACUGCGAUUGGGGUGGACAGAUACUACGCGACGGUACACCCUUUGAAGAAACGAAUCUCAGUUCUGGCCUGUGCGUAUCUUCUAUCCGGCAUCUGGAUCCUGUCCUGUGGCCUCGUGGCUCCGGCGGUGGCCCACACCUACCAUGUUGAGUUCAAAGACGAAGGUUUCACCAUCUGUGAGGAGUUCUGGAUGGGGCAAGAACGUGAGCGCCUGGCCUACGCCUACAGCACCCUUUUUAUUACCUACGUCCUCCCACUUUCGGCUCUUUGCAUCUCGUACUUUUGUAUCUCCGUCAAGCUGCGCAACUGCGUGGUGCCCGGACACCGGACUCAGAGCCAGGCGGAGGCUCAGCGGGCCAGAAAACGCAAGACUUUCCGCUUGGUGUCACUUGUGGUGGCCGCAUUUGCGAUCUGCUGGCUGCCCAUCAGCGUCUUCAACGUUCUACGAGACAUCGACAUUGACUUAAUUGACAAGCGCUACUUUUUGCUCAUCCAGUUAUUGUGUCACUUGUGUGCCAUGAGCUCAUCUUGCUGUAAUCCAUUCCUGUACGCGUGGCUGCACGAUCGCUUCCGAGCAGAGCUAAGAAAGAUGUUUACCUGCCACAGACGGAUUGGAAUCGGGAUUCCAGCCAACAAUUGCACCAAUGCAAGUGUGGUGCUCUGA